GGCGCAAAGAAGGAGGGGCCGCAGCCAGACGGACGAUCGGGCUGCCCCCUUCAGCCACCAGGCGGCGUCCUGCUCCCACCGCUCCACCCCGACCUCGGCCAUGCGGCUGCCGCGCGGUGCGGCCCGGCGGCUGCUGAUGCCGCGCUCCCGGCACGCCGGGACAGCCUUCCCGCCGCGGCGAGCGGCAGCUCCAGCUGCCGAGAAGCUGGGAAAUAAAGCAAAAGGGAAACAUCAAAAGCAGAUUUGUCAGAUUGUUCUGGAUCAUUUUGAGAAGCAGUACACAGCAGAACUGGGAGAUACAUGGACACACAUCAGAGAUGUACUCACACAGCCGUUGUGCUGGCAGUAUGCUGUUCUACUUAACAAGUUCAGCCAGUCCACUGAACUGGAGAACACCUUGCAUGUGAAGGGAUAUCAUCCUGCCUUUCAAGAACGUUUGCCCUAUCUUCCAUCGUCGUUUCAGUGUUACAUCAGCAGAACUCCUGGGAGAUUUCCUGCACAAAAACACCAGGCUGGUAAACUAAAAGAGUAUUUCCUACUAAAUGCUGCUUCGCUGUUGCCAGUGUUGGCAUUAGAAGUGAAAGAUGGGGAAGAUGUUUUGGAUCUCUGUGCUGCUCCAGGGGGUAAAUCAGUAGCUAUACUGCAGUGUGCCUCUCCAGGUCAGUUUCACUGUAAUGAAUCUGAUGUUCUGAGGUCAAGACGGUUGAAACAGACGAUAGAAUCCUUCAUUCCAGAUGCUUUUAUUAACUUAAUAAUGUUCUCUACACUGGAUGGUAGACAAAUUGGAGAUCUUAAGCCUGAAUUUUAUGACAAGGUGCUAGUUGAUGCUCCUUGUUCAAGUGACAGAAGUUGGCUUUUCUCUUCUGAUACUCGGCAAGCUACACUUAGACUAAUACAAAGGAAGGAGCUAUCAUCUCUGCAGUUCCAGCUGCUAAGGUCUGCUAUUGAAGCAUUGCGUCCUGGUGGAUCGUUAGUCUAUUCUACAUGCACUCUCUCGAAGGCGGAAAACAGCGAUGUAAUAAAUCUCAUUCUAAACUCCUGCAGUAGUGUUACACCUGUAGACAUAAGUGAAAUGGCCAAAGCCGUUUCUGAGGAAUUCAGUUUUCUUGGUGGUAUGCAGCAGCAUGAACUCCUGGUUCUCCCAGCAAAAGGGAGAGCGUGGGGUCCCAUGUACCUUGCUAAAUUAAAGAAAAGGUAGGCCAUCUGAUGCCUGUUAGUUUUUCGUAAGGGGUAUGUAAUAAAUCUAACACAGUAUGUGUAUAUGAACAUACUCAAAGCAACUGAAUUUAGGGCAUUGUAUCAGUUGGUGCCUCAUGCCAAGAAAACUAGACACUUACCUUAAUGUAACUUAAAAUAUGAAAUGUGUCUUCUAAUAUGGACUUGUGAGCCUCUGUGAAAUCCUUACCAAGUCAAGGGAGAUUUGUGUUACUUUCAAGUGAUGCUUUCGGAAGCCCACACACUGAUUUUGUUGCUUUUUAUUAAAUUGUUAAUUUGGGUUUACUACAGGAUAUUUUAAAGUGAAUUAUCUAAAUGGUGCCUGCUUCUGAAGUCCUGCAUUCUCUUUGUGGCACAUCUAGAAUAAUCUGUUUUCCUGUAAAUACUAAUUUGUAUGCAGAGCCUGUCAGUGACUAUUUGAAGGAAUGGCAAAACAGGUUUCAUGUUUGCAGAGUUGUUUACAAGUUAAGGAUUGUCUUUUGUUUACAGUUGCAAAGAUCAGCAGCUCUAUCAAUACCAAUGCUUUUGUUUGUUAUAUUUUUGAUCUUACCAAAAAAGGUCCUUAAACAGUACACUUGGUAGAAUUAAGUAUGCUUAGCUUUGGUACUCAGUUUCCUGGAUAUAUUGCAUUAUACCACACUCUCUAGAGCAUGUAUUUUAAGCAGAAGCAAAAGAACUGCAAUAAUGACACAGUAUUUAGAGAGUUUUGUUACAUAAUUACAGUCAUGAGAAGCAAAAUAGACAAUCUGGAGAAUCCACCAAGUUAAGAAAUGUUACAUGAACUCAUGCUGUCAUGUCAAUGGUGUGUAAGGAAACACAUGCUGAUAUUAGGUUCCCUCAAUUCUGCUACACUAUGCUAUGGAUAAAUGCACAGACAUAUGUGCACACGUUCAUGUGGAUGCUCAUGCAGACUGUGUCUUCCUGUGUACUGCCUUGGAUUCAGUGUAAAAUCUGAUCCAGCAGUGCUUAAACUAUGCCUGUGAGUGGCUAAGAUAACUGUGUAUAUGUUAGAUCAAAUGCUUGUCUUGAAGUAGAAUAGAGACUUUUCAUCGCUCCUUGAGCAGGAGUCCUUUCCCUGGCUGAAGCUUAUAAUAACUGUUUUUUUAAGGAAAAAAACAUAUUUUACUGGUAGAUGAGUUGCCUGUGUGGGAAUGUGUGUCUCAGACUGUGUACAUUUAUGUAUUUUGUGGUUUAGCUGUACAUAUCUGUGUUGUAUUUUUGUUCAAUUACAAUUGUGUCUUUGUAAAGCA